GGGUCCAAGAUGGAGGAUGUCUUACAUCACCGACAAUAACAACUCCUGAUGAACUCACGAAAAAAAAUUGAUGCAGACGGAUUGUUGCUUGAUAUUGAGAGAAUACGAUAAGGUAUCAUUAUUGCAAAGCAUGGCUGGUUUUUAGGAGAUUUUUUAUAGAUGCAAAAUGGAUUCGUGCCAACCGCAGUUCCCGUUGUCAGAUUUGAAGGACGUCAUUGAGGAUUCCCGAGAUAUUGAUAUAAAAUCCCACGCAUAUUCCGAAACAAUGAAUGAAGAAAAGCCCAUGAGAAGGAAGCCACUACACUCAAUAUCUUCCCCUGAGCCAAUGUUUGGUUUUUUCUUGUACUGUCUUGACUGCUUAGUUUCGUUAGUUCUUGCAAUUUUAGUCAUUCCUAUUGUCCUUCUGGUAUUAUAUGUACUCAAGUUUGGAAGAUGGGUUCUUUUGACUUACAUACGGUACAAAUACAAUUGUAUUCCUUUAGAAGACGACGAUGCCGUGUGGCAGCAGGAUAGCGCUACGAAUCGCCACAUCAUCCACGCACUCAUGAUCCUAGAAGGCCAACCAGAUGUUGAGAAAUUAAAGAAACUUGUCUGUGAACGUCUGGUCUUUAAAGUGGACGAUAAUGGUGAACGAGUUUGUUCUAGGUUGACUCAGGCGGUGAAGGAAUGUUGUGGCCAGUUUGUGUGGCAGGAAGAAGAGAAUUUCGACAUUAAUGACCAUUUUGCUGUAUGGGAAGGGGACUUGCCCAAGAACAAGGAUGAACUAGAAGAUGUGAUAGCGGAAUUAGGACCAUUACCCUUCAGGAGGAAUCUCAGUCCAUGGAAGUUUCACAUCAUCCCAACUAAAUAUGAGAAACCCUCUUAUUGCUUUCUGUUGCGCAUUCAUCACAGUAUUGGUGACGGUGUAGGCUUGACUCGUGUCUUUGUGAAAUAUAUGUAUGAUAGCCCACCAGUCGGAAGAGAGCCACGCAAGUUUUCAACUAAGCAACGCAUGUACAUGUGGUGUAAAGCAAUGCUCAUGGGUCCAUCUUUAGUAGUUAAGAAAUUUUUCACCAGUGCUGAUGUCUCAGCUGUGCAUGGUCAAGAGCUUUCUGGCCUAAAAACUGCAUCCUGGUCACAGGACGUCAGUCUGGCAUUGGUCAAGGAGGUCAAAAAUGCAACUGGUACAACAGUAAAUGAUGUCAUGGUUUCAUGUAUAGCAGGUGCACUUCAUGAUUAUCUUGAAACAAGAGGUUCCACUGUAGAGGAUAUGUGUGCAUCUGUCCCUGUAGAUAUACGUGCUACCGAGCAGUCACUCAAAGCAGGAAAUAAAUUUGCACUUGUAUUCAUGAAACUACCCAUCAAGGUAAAUGGAUGUCUAGAAAGACUCUAUGAGGCAAAGAAACGAAUGGAUGUUAUCAAGACAUCAGCAGAGCCUCUCAUCACUUCUACAACUGUUACAAUGUUAAUGGCACUUCCUCAGUGGUUCUCAUGUCCUCUGAUUGAUUUCUUUUCUUGCAAGAUGUCUUGCGUGUUGUCAAAUAUUCCAGGACCACUUGAGCUAUUGAGCAUCGGAGGACAGCAAGUCUACGAAGGGCUGUUUUUUCCACCCAUGAGAGCUAACAUUGGUAUAGGUCUUUCAAUAUUUAGCUAUGGUGGGAAGAUAAGGAUUGGUGUGCUUUCUGAUAAGAAUAUCAUUUCAAAUCCCAGAGAAAUCACAGCAGGCUUCAACAAGCAUUUUAAUCAUCUUGUCAGUACUCUUCAAAUUGAUGACCAAAAGAAACAUGAAUAAAUGAAAUAUGUUGUUUUUUUCGGAAAUAGGACUAAAAAUUAUGAAAACGAUUUGCAACUCAAUGCAAUGAGAAAGACAUCACGAGAAACACAAACUAUGAAUGAACAAAUUUGAAGCAUUCAAAUAUUUAACAAAUUAUAAUGCUAUUUCAAUACAACUUUUUUCUCUUUCUAUUACUAUGGAAUGAUUUGCUGCAGUUUUUGAAACAAAAAAUAAAUU